AUGGAAGUCGUCGAGGCCACCGGCGGGAGCACGGGGUCCUCGCUCGCGUUCAAGCUCAAGACUAUGGCGGCGUUUGGGGCCAAGGUUGAUAUUGUUGAGAACCCGACGGGACGGAUUACUGCGAAUUUGAUUCCUUCCAUGAUUCGCCGUGCGAAGGAGGUUGCGGGGGAGGGGAAUGUGUAUUCUACGGAUCAGUUCAAUAACCGGGAUGCGUUGGUUGGGUACGCGGCCUUGGGUCAUGAGAUCGUGGAGCUAGUUCCAGAGGGUGUUGACGUCUUUUGCGCUGCCGUUGGUACCGCUGGGUUAGCGAUGGGUGUCUCAGCAGUCUUGAAGGCCACCAGACCUGAGACGCGCGUGGUCGUACUGGAGCCCGCGUCGACGCCUGUCAUCACAGGAGGUCAAGCUGGGUCUCAUGGUGUCGAGUGUAUCGGCAUCGGCUUCGUCCCGCCGCUUUUGGAUACGAAGCUGUAUGAUGAGGCGCGGGCUGCAUUUUUUGCCGGUGUGUCUACAGGAUUGAAUGUAGUUGCUGCGAUUCGGUUGGCGGGGGAGAUGGGGGCUGGGAAGAGGGUUUUUACCAUCGCGUGUGACUCAGGUUUGAAGUACUUGAAUGGAGACAUGUUCUCUACCCCCAAGUAG